AUACACUUAUCUUUAUAUAUAUAUAUAUACAUGUAUUGCAUUCCUUUCUAUUUCUAUUUUCUAUCUUAUAUAUAUCGUAUAUAUAACAAUAAUUCGAUCGGAAAAUUUACUUACGUUGCGUGUAUUUCGAAGAAUCGGAGAAAAAUUUUUACAUGCUACGUUUUUCUCGAUUAUAUUUCCCCGUUACAAAAUCGAUUGAACGUGUAUAUUUAUAAAAUAUUACUAUAUAUAUACCAUAGUUAAGAAAACGAGAGCGUAUACGAGAGAAUUUUCUCAGAAUCUUAAGAGCGAGUUGAUUUCGAGUAUUCUCCGAGUGUAAAAAGAAUAUUUCAAAAACACGUUGCGCGCAUUUCCUUUGAAAGUGUAUAGAAUUUAUCGCAUACAGUUUUUUUUUUUUCUUUCUUUCCUUUCUCUUCUCUAGGGGGAGAGAAACAAAAAGCUUUCGGGAAUCGAGGCAAUCCCUUUAUCCGUGGAGGAGGGAUUAGUUGGUUUCGUUAGGGGAAAAGAAUGGACGAGGCACGAUCCAGUAGACGAUGAUUGGAGAGGAAACCGUGACUGGUUAAUUGGAAUUGGCGGCAAACUUGGCGACUCCCUCCCCCGCCCCCGGAUAGAAGCAUCGAUGAAAUUGCAGCAGUCGUCAAGCAUCGACCGGUUUCCUCUCCAGUUUCGAGAUCGCUUCUACCUUCUUCUCUUUGCCCGUUCCUUUUCAUUCGGGGAACGACGAAGCGACUCAAUCUCGCCCCUUACAUCCAUCCACGACGGAAGAACACCUCCUUUGACUUUCACUCGACGAAGAAACGCGCGUGUAAUUGUUAUUCCGUCCGGCUCGCUAUCACAGUUUUUUUUUUUUUUUUUUUGGUUAAAAGUUAUACAUCGCGCCCUUCGUCGCAUCAAUUCAUCACCGGAAAAUUAAUCUCGCGUAUACUCGUGGAAUCGAACCAACUUCUAAAUUCCAUACCCGUCUAUUUUUCCAUUCCGUUUCGAUCUUUCGCGUAUUUUUCACGAGUCGUAAUAAAUCGUGGAAAAGAACCGGUGGAAAUUAAUUAUUCGCGCGAAAAGAAAGGAUAUUUUUAGGAGGGGACGGGACGCGCAAAACAAACGGAAUUCCCCUCCUUUUUUCGCCCGUAAGUUAUACUUUCGUAUUCUUUCGUCCCACCUCUGUUACUAUAAAUUCACCUAUUCGUAUUUCCUCGAACGUAUAUCGCGCGAGAGAAGGCAAUUGCUCGAUCGAGAAACGAGAACUCUACUUUACCGCUUUUUUGCCCGGUCGAAUUUUUUCAUCUCAAAUCUUUUUCAUCCUCGUCCCGCUCUUUAAAUCUUUGUCCUUCCUCUUUGUCGAGCAGGGGAGGGGAGGGAAAGGGAGGAAUUGGCAUUCACGAUUUCGGUUACGAUAUUAAUCGUUCGAGGAGGAGGAGAAGAAGCAAGGCGAGAAGAAGAGGUGGCGCAUAACUCCUGGCCUUUCCCAUCUUAGUCCAAACUAUUUGAAACGUUUGCAUCGAUAUGCGAAACUUUAUCAUUUCUCCUCAAAACGCAAACUCUCCAAAUCUACCGAUGCUAUUUCGAGCCAGGUGAACCAGGUACGAAUAUAGAGUGCGUUGAAAGCUGUUUCCAAUUUGUUCGAAUUAUUUAAUAUUUAAUUAAAUCCAUCGAUCCUCUUCCAUUUCCAUUUCCUUUUCCGUUUCUUCUUCGCGGCUCGAAUACGAAGCGAUACGUUUGGGGGAGGGGGAAGGUAUAAAACGACGAGGAGGAUAGGAUCGAUGGGAGGAGUGAAAAAGGCUCGGGACGAUCGAUCGGAUAGGAUCGGCGUUCACGGAGGACGGCUCAUCUUAAUCACCGAUUUAUCACUCGCCAUUGCCCCUCGAGGGCAAUCGCGCGUGAACCUGGCCCGAUGGACGAUACAUCGCCGAUACAGGGGCAUCGUCGUCGCCUCGUCGUCGUGACCCAUCCCGAAUUCGCCCAGCCGGACACGCUCGCUCGAACACCCAAGAUUCCUCGGAACGGAAGGGAGUUAAGGCUUCGAAUCGAUGGGACGGACAGUGGAGCUGACGAGGACGGGCCGAUAACGAGGCUUGUUAAUCAUUUCUAACCGGCGAUCCCCCCCUUCGAAAAUAGCGUACACCGAGGUGUCGUGCAAUAGGGAUCGUACAUAUCGAAGAUUGGAGCGGAAUGGAAGAAAUUGGGGAGGAAGAGGAAUUUUCGCGCCAACUGACCAAAGUGGAAUCGGUUACUACCUUCCCAGGGAAUGCGUUGGUCCGUGAACUCGGCGAUAACGCAGAAUUAUGGCCCCCCCCCUCCAACUGGCUGGCAGAGGAGUGACCAUUCCGAUUCGCACGCAUGUAUCAUCGUUCAGCCAGACAUGUAUCUCGUGUCCCGCAACGUUUCUUUUCGAAUCGUAUCUCGAGCGAAACGAGGAAUAUCGAAGAAUGCGAGCGAUAUUUUCUUCUUUCUAGAUCACUUGUUAACACACGAGUUAAAUUGUAUAUAUAUAUAUAUAUAUAUUCCACACGCACGCUUCCCCCUCUCCUUCCUUUACAGAGAAGAACGGUUUUCACGGAGAUGCGGCCUAAUUGGUGGCCUCCGCCCAUUAUCGCCCCUCCCCUUCUUAAUUUACGAGGCCGAAUGUUGUCGAGUUACGAAUGCCGAGUAUAGGUUAAAUUUUAAGACGAAAUUUAGAAGAGUGGGGGGAAUGGUUAACAGUCGAGAUGGCGCGUCUGUCGUCCCGAAUAAUUACAUGCGACUUUACCGAUAACGUCUUGCUUAUGGGAGAAAGGGACGCGAUGUUUUCGAAGGAAAUUAAGCUAAUAUAACGAGACGCUUCGCCCGUCGACAUAAUAACCGAUACACUCGUUCAAGGGAGAACGUUCGAAAUAUUAUUACUUUAAGAAUAAUAUCCGCGCAUGCGCGAUAUUACAUACGUCGCGAGUCACGCCCGUACCCUUUAAAAAACUCGCCAAGUGGAAAGUUGCAUGACCGAUUAUCCCACUCGUCUCGAGAGUGCUUUCCAUCAAUCUCUAUUUCGCAAACUUUUUCUCCCUUCUCCUUCCGUGCUCUCGAUUUCUUAUCUCUCUUGUCUCGACGUCGACUAUUACCUCGGAUUUGAUUAUCACUUUGUCGAGGGAGGGGGGAAGGAACUGGCAGCCUUUCGCGAUAUAAUUUUUGUCCCGAUCCUUGUCGCGAUAACGAAACUAUAUAUAUAUAUAUCUCGCAAACUCGGAUAAAUUACGCGUAUCCUCCACGUCCACGGCCGAGCGCUACUGUCGUUCACGGUAGUUGCUUUUUUACCAGCUCGACCGUUAAAGCGGCGUUAUCGCUCGAUCUCCAUUCGGUAAUUUUAAUUAGUUUACAAAGGAUUUUUGUGAAUCCACCGAUGCGUGCAGCGUUAUUAGUUUCACACGCAGUGACCGCGAUGUAAACCGCGAUACGACGAGUAUUCGGUCGUUGAAUAUAAAAGUCGUUUCGAAAACUUUGUCGCGAUUUUGAGGUUAGAAAGUAAAUCUUGUUGCGUUUUGUGACGAAUCGAAAUUUUCGUAUCGAUUCUUUUCCUUCCUUCUUUUUUUCGCACGCAUCUCCUAACGGAAUGGACGGAAAGGAAAAGGAGAUUGCGCUUCGAGUACGCGAUCCCGUAUCAUUAGCAAAUUCGAACCAAUUUCCAUUCGUUUGCCCGUUGUUGCGCUUGGGAAGCGAAUCGGUGGAGUAGUUACGGUACCUUUUUCCUCCUCUCUGUUUCUUCCUCUCUCUUUCUCUCUUUCUCAUAAAAGCGAGCAUAAAACCUUUGUCGGAGCCCGGAGAGUGGAAAACACGUAUAUUGAAAAAUAUAAGUAUAAAAGGACGGAUACAAACGUACAAAAGGACUGCGUUUCAGAAUAUUUUAUAAAGUAAACCACCGCACGCAACGUCUUUCCCCUCCCAUCCCCUCCCUACCCCUCGAAAACGCGAUUUUCUUAGAUGCAAUAAUUUCGAGUCACAAAAGGAUCGUAAUUUCGUCCGCUUUUUUUUUUUCUUUUUCCUCUUGCACGCUCCUCCUCCUCCUCCUCCUUUGACAAUCAUUGAAUUGAAUCCCGGCCCGAUUACAACAGUCGUUUGCAACAGCGAUCGCGUCCCAGGGAUGGCACGCCCUGAAAGGAUAUUUCAUUCGUUCCUUUCAUCCAUUCCCAUCGUGAUCCAUCCAUUUCGCCAACGUGAAUUUUCGCUUCGCUUUAAUUAAUUAAAAUCUUCUCGUUUAUACCGGCGCAAUAAGAUGCGCCCACUUUUCAACGUAUAUUUAUAUAUAUAUAUAUGUGUGUGUGUGUAUAUACACACAUAUAUACACCUUCCUCUUUUAUCCUUCUUUCCUUCUCCUUCUCCUUCUCCUUCUCCUUCUUCUUCGGUUUCAGUUUCGACGAGAAGGAGAAAGUGAGCCGACCGUUCUUGUUCCGCUCAUCCCCUCCACGUUUCUCUCCCCACCUCCUUUCUCGGGCCAGCAACAACAAGGCAGCGAACGACUGAAAACCCGUGCUUUUGCAGACACGCGCUACGUGUUCAACCAACUGGAAAAAGUCGAGGAUGUAAUUUUUACAUUCGUUUCCAAGGGAAUCUUUUUCAUCGAAUGUUUCCUUCCUUCGUUUCGAUUAACAUUUCCCUCUUAACUGGAUCGAAAAACUCACCAAAUUCCAAUAAAUUAAAGAUAUCUCUCCGUUUCCCCCCCACUUCAAAUCUGGCGAAUGAUCGGAGCAGCGGAGAGGAAUUCGGUGGGAAGGUUGAUACGAGCGCGAGAACAAAGGAGAGGAGGAGGAGGGGGGAGAGUUAUGGCGGUCUCAAUUAUAGCUCGCAAAUAAAACGUUCCGAGCCGGCUAAUAUUAUUUAUCGCCCGGUUGGAUGCCUCUUCCGCGUCGUUAUAAAAGCGAGAACACGGAAACCCAUUAUAAUGAAAUUAACAAAUUACCCGCUCGUCCAACGCCUCGACCUCUCCCUCCCUCUUCCUCCUCCUCCGUACACAUCCUCUCGCGAGUCCCAUCGAUUUUCCCACCCGAAACCCGUACAACCCGUACAUCCUACAUCCUCCAGCGUUCUCGCUCCUUAAUCCUCCCUCCUUGCUUCCAAUCCAAUUUCCUAAUUCACGAGGAGGCUGCUUCUCCUCCACCCAAUUAUCACAGCUUUAUUCGUCGUACAGCCUCGAUUAUCCCACGAUUAUUAUAUAUAUCCGUAUCGAUACGGAUCCCAUCCUUCCACUGGGUAUUUUCAAUUAGGCAAGGGAGGGGGAAGGUGGUUUUUGGGGAGAGACAAUGGUAGGCGGACAAAAGCGUGAUAUACGAGGAGGGCAUAUUUUUAAGUCGUAUAUUCCUGUCGAACCGAGCAAUGUCUUUUCUGGAUUUUUAAUUCGAGUUAUUACGAUUAAUUCGAAAAUUUCCAUCCUCUUCUCGCUGUUGUUUCGACGAAGGAAGGAAGGGAUCGAUUAAUCUCGGGGAAAAGAGGGGAGGUCAAAGAGUCGAACAUUUUCAUUCGAAAAUCCGGAUAUGUAUCUCGGGUUAUUCAGGUUUGCCCAGGUUUGAUUUAAAGUCGUUCGAAAGGGAACGAUGAUAUACGGGCCCUGAAUACCUCUACGUACCCUCGCAUUUACACGCAGGCACGCGUGAAAUGAAUAUCUCCUUUCUAACCCGCGACCCGACCGCAAACGUAUAUAUUUCAUCUUGCUAUCGCUAUUUCAGAGAGGCGACUUGCUUUUUCCUUUCCCGCUUCAAAGGAUCCGCCCGGCUUACUUUCCUCAACACACACACACACACACACGUAUAUAUAUACGCACACACGGUCGUUAACUCGGACGACAUCUCGCUUUAUCUUUGAAAAUUCGUUGGCGAGCCAGAAUAGGAGAGAGAGAGAAAGGGAGAUCGCCUCGCAGUUACUUUUUAUUCGGUUGAAAUUUCAACCUUGGUGCUAAAGGAAGCCGGGCAGUAAGAAUCGCGUCGCUCUAAUAAAUUGCAGUCGAGUCUCUCUCUCGGAUGGAUCUUGCUUUCGAAUAAAAACGAGAGAGGAAAAAAGAAGAAAGAAGAAAGACACGCGAUACAGAGGCGCUAGCUAGAGCUCUCUCUCUUUCUAUCCCUUCGUUUUUUCAAACGGGGCGGAAAUUUCCCAGUUUUAUAAUAUAAAAUUCACGCGCUAACUUGAUUUCGAGUGCGCGCUCAACCACGAUGAUUUUCAAGUAUUCUUCCCUCCACUCGAAACGGAUAUUUUUUUCGCGCUUGCGAAAAAAAAAAAAGAGAGGAGGAAAAAAACAAAACGACCCCGCUGCGAUUCAAACGCGUCGCACGCGCGCGUCAUCCACCCCGGAUGCACUUCAUUAGAAAACUUUUAAACCUCGUUUCGUUUCGUCGUCGUCGCUGUUGUCGUCCUCCGCGGGGCUAAUUCGGCGAUACCGACCGAGUUUCGCGAAACAUUCGCCCGGCGAAUUUGCCUCGAACGUCGUUAUCUCGCUCUAUCCUUCUCUUUUUCUCUCACCAACAGCAAAGCAAUCGCGCUUUCGAUGAUUUUUAAUUUCAAUUUUUUUAAAAUCUUACGAUUUCGAAAAUGGAUACGCGUAUUUUUUUUUUCGAGCGACGAGAGAUAUCUCUUUUUUUUUUUUUUUUUUUUUUUCCCUCUUUCGUGUCCAACGCUAUCGAUACGAGUUUUCAACCGGGGCCGGAAUGGAGAAUAAAGGAUCCGCGUUUCGUUUUUGUUGCGUUGUACACGCAACGAACAACGACAACCGUUGUUUAACGUUUCCCGGCCGCUCGAACGCGUACGAAAAAAAGGAGGUUAUCGAAGGGUUAUUAACAAUGCACCUCUUCUCCCUGCACACCUUCUUUAAUAAUUUCCCCGUGAAAAUCCCCUUCUCAUGGAAAAAAAAAAGAAAUACUCGAACUCGCGGGAUUAUUUAUCGACCAACGGUAAUAUCGAUCUUCGCCAUGCAUUUCUCUAAUGUCCAAGUAAAAACAGGAUAACAAUAAAAUAGAAUCUAAAAAAGUAUACAAAUAUCCAAUUGAAAAUUGAAAAUUUCUGUAAACGAACCUAUUUAACUUAUUGCUAAAAAAAGAAAAAUACGAAAAGUUCUCGUUGGUGGCAGUUAAAGGAGAAAUCUUGGAAAUGUUGGUGGGGCGGAGAAGUUUGGAGGAAGAGGCAACAAGUUGCGGGGCAAGGAGGGCGCGAACGAGGGGGAAUCGAGAGCGAGCAAUUAGAAUCCGGCGCUGGACACGAGCGGCGGUCGUUUAGCGAGGAGGAGGGGAGGGGAGGGGAGGGGAGAUACGCGUUACACGGCCCAUUACGAGUCGCUCGGGUUUCGGAAAAACGUUCCACUUUGGGGAUAAUGGCCGGCCGAAAGGAGCCACCGAGUUGUAUACGUUUAUACUCCUCACGCGUCUCUCUCUCCCCCUCCCCCUCCAUUUCAUUUUAAAGUCAAAACGGUGCGCGCCUAGUCCCGGGCCCCUGAACAUCGUAAGAGGGUUUGCCAUACUAUUAUAACUUUGUAAUGGCCUACUGCCGCGUACUUUGCCCUGGAUAUUGCCUUAAAGGGCGCGAUCGUGAAACGGCCCCUGUAAAUUUAACUUUCAAACACGCACACGAUCCUCCAGCAGCGAGAUACUCUUAUUCCUCUUUAUCGUUUGCAUCUUAGCUAAUACUUUAUGAUCUAUCAAUCUAUGAUCCAAGAUAUAUAAUUAGAUAUAUCCAAAAGAUGAAAAAUUGAAAUGAGAACAUGUUUACUGAUGUACUAUUAUUUACCCAGUCGAUAAAUAGUCUUCUUGCACCUUACUUAAUACUUUAUGAUCUAUCAAUCUAUCGAUGAUCCAAGAUAUAUAAUUAGAUAUAUUCGAUUCCAAAAGGUGAAAAAUUGAAACGAGAACAUAUUUACUGAUGUACUAUUUACUAUUAUGUACUAUGUACUAUGUACUAUUUUUUUUAUUAUUUACCCAGUCGAUAAAUAAUCUUCUUGCACCUUACCUAAUACUUUAUGAUCUAUCAAUCUAUCGAUGAUCCAAGAUAUAUAAUUAGAUAUAUUCGAUUCCAAAAGAUAUAAAAUUGAAACAAGAACAUGUUUACUGAUGUACUAUUAUUUACCCAGUCGAUAAAUAGUCUUCUUGCAGCUUACCUAAUACUUUAUGAUCUAUCAAUCCAUCGAUGAUCCAAGAUAUAUAAUUAGAUAUAUCCAAAAGAUAAAAAAUUGAAACAAGAACAUAUUUCCUGAUAUACUAUUUACUAUUAUGUACUAUGUACUAUUUUUUUUAUUAUUUACCCAGUCAAUAAAUAAUCUUCUUGCACUUUACCUAAUACUUUAUGAUCUAUCAAUCUAUCGAUGAUCCAAGAUAUAUAAUUAGAUAUAUUCGAUUCCAAAAGAUAUAAAAUUGAAACAAGAAUAUGUUUACUGAUGUACUAUUAUUUACCCAGUCGAUAAAUAGUCUUCUUGCACAAAUAGUCUUCUUACCUAAUACUUUAUGAUCUAUCAAUCUAUCGAUGAUCCAAGAUAUAUAAUUAAAUAUAUUCGAUUCCAAAAUAUAUAAAAUUGAAACAAGAACAUAUUUCCUGAUAUACUAUUUACUAUUAUGUACUAUGUACUAUGUACUAUUAUUCUAUUCUUUUAUUAUUUACCCAGUCGAUAAAUAGUCUUCUAGAGUAUUUCUCUUUCUCUCUUAUCCACCGAGUCUCGAUAAUUUUUGACUCGGUUUAGAGAAGAAAGAAAAGGUAUACUUAACUUAAAUUAAGAGAGGAGAAGUAUGAUCUUCUUUCGUCUCGAGCUUCACGCAACAGUGCCAAGUAACCAGAAGCGUGAGUAAGAGAGGAAUGCAUCGGAGAAAUAUCCGAGUAAUUCCAAUUUACGGCGUCGCUGCAAAUCAUAAUAGCAGGCCCGGCUUGGACGGCUCGGGAAACGGAAGCGGCCGACUUAACGACUGUUCGAUACCUGGAAUUACAUUGGAAACACGAGACGUAUUCCAUUCGAAAUCCAGCGUUGGUAAUUUAUCUAAAUUUCCGUCCAACCGCCGAGACAUUUUAUCGAUGCUUGUAAACCUUGCGCGUUGUGCAAGAUUUAUCCCCGCACAAAGGAAUUCCUUCUUGUCCUUUGGAUCUUUGUCAGAGGAUCUUCGUAAAAGGAAUUCGAACCGAGACCGAAGAUAAUCCACCAGGCGAACGGUGGACGAGGAAAAUGUUGUUUCGAAUCUAUCGAUUCCUCCUCGGCCAUUGUGUUGGCGGGACGCCAGAGGAGGAGCCAGGCUCGGCCAGGUGGAAGCGAGGCUAGCUUGGGGGCAAGUUAGAUUCCUGGCGAAAAGGGGCGAGGUUGGACGGACCACGAAAUAUUUGUCAAUCGCAAAAGGCAAGAAAGAUCGGGCGGGGAAGUCGAUUUAACGCCCGUUAAGGAAGCAAUUCCUUUAAGAGGGAUGGGGAGGAUGGCUCGACCUUCCUGGACUUACGACCUUUCACCGGGGAAUCGCUUCCGUCCGCCAUUAUCGGCGGACGAAUGGAACAUCAAUAACCAAUUUCGUAAGACUAAUAUCGCGAAAAUUAGUUUCCUGAGGUCCCUUUUCCUUCCUUCCUUCCUUCCUCUCUCUCCUCUUUAUAUACCCUUCGUUAAAAGGUCUAACCCCGCGCUUUCGAUCGAUCGAUCGAUCGAUCGAUCGUCUCUCUUUAUCGUCUCGCGAUGCUCUUUCCCUUCUUUUUUCCCACCAGACGAUAAUACAUCCUUCCUUUUUUCCUUCGAGAUUUCAGCCAGGUGAAAUAUCCGGCCAGGAGGGGAACCGGAGAUCGUUUCGAUCGUAUCUCCGCCCGAGAAUUCGAGAAUUCCCGUCCCCCUUUUUUCGUCGAGAAACCUUAACACGGCGCGGACGAGUAAACGUUUCGCUCUAUCGGCGAAUGGAAACCGAGAAAAAGAGAAAGAUAUAUAUAUAUAUAUAUAUCGCGAGCGGGAAUUUCUUCAAUUACGCCUCUUAAUUAUAAAUUAAUUAUUCCCCGAGUUAUGGCCCCUAUUUUUACCUCCCUUUUCAACCUAAUUACCGCCACGAGGAGCUUCGAAACUCGCCCCUCUCCGUUUUUGCGUUUCGUUCCUCGCCUCACCGUUUCUAUCUCCAACUUUUCUUUAACGAGGAGGAUCCUCCCCUCCCCUCUCCUCUCCACCUUUUUGCCGGGGAACCAGCCGGUUUUCCUCCUCGAUGUUUCUUUUCAACCUGCAAAAUUUUACCGACUCCGCUCUCUGAAUUUCUCCUCUUAAGAAGUUCCCCGAACGUCCGAACGUUCUUUUUUCCUCUCCUCUCUUCUGUAUCGAUCGUUUCUCGCUUGAAAUUUAUUCAUUCGUCCCGUUGGAUUUUAAAAAGGAAGUAGACGCUGUUCCACGUCGACCGCGGAAGAGUUAGAGAAUGGACAAAAAGAUUCGUUGCGUUUAUCGAGCAAAUUUGAUCAAUCGGCAUUCUGUUCGAGAGAAAGAGGGGAGACACGAUAUUUGACACGAUUUCUCGAUUCCUUUUUUACCGAGCGAGCAUAGCGGGGCUAGGAAUGUUAAAGUUGAUUUAUUUCCUUAUCGAUCGGGAAACGAAUGCAUUUGGCGGAGCAAAAUAUCGUGAUCGACCUUCUCCCUUCCUAUUUUUCUUUUCCUUUCCACAAUCGUGAAGGUCUCGAAUUUUCAAUCCUUAUUUUUUCCAUAUCCAUUCCAUUAUCCCCUCUCCCUUUUUGGAAAAUAGACAGGCGGCCCCGCGAAGUUGGAAGAAACAAAUCGAGAGUGAAGGUUGGAGAAUGGGGGGGAGAACGUUGACCAUGAAGUUUCUGUUUGUACGUUGGUCAAAAUUCGUGCGACAUGUACUAAAGAGAAAAGCCAUUCCACCAUUCAAGAGUUUCUAACCACUUUCGGUGACUAGCCAAGGAAAAUUCUUCGAUGGUGUACAAAGAGGACGUGACACCGCCGCCCUGUUACCGGUCAAACUCUCUCUCCUAUAUAAAUUCGUAACGUUCGUAAAAGUGUUUCGAGGUUAUGUCGAUGAUGCAAAGUGAACGCGCGUGAAAAAUUUCGAAAGGGGAAAAAAUUUCGUUCAACGGAAGGAGGGAAAAAUCGUAAAGUGUGAUCGAACUGUUAACCGAGUUUUCUUUGAAACGACUUUUGACACUCCCCCGCCUUUACACGCACGUACACGCACGUAUAUACAAAGAAAAAAAAAGUAUCCCCUUUCGAAAUAUCCUCGUCGGCUUGAUAUUAUUUCAUCCCGAUGAAGUAUCGGAAGGAGCAGGGUGUAUCUUGGACCGAGAAUUGAGAGAGGAAUAAUGAAGAGAGGGAGCAAGUGUGUCGCGCAGACCAUCAACUUGUCCAACCCGGAAACAUGCAUAAGACCGAAGAGGAUUCAGAAGCUCGUCUCAGCGGACGCGAUGCAACCCUGCCCUACCAUGACAGGCCCGGCCUCGUCCUACUGGACCCCCAAACCCGUGGCCAUUAGAAUCUGCACGAGGAAGGAUAUGCAAAGAACUUGCCCGCCCAAGGUGUGCGAUUGCCAGCCCAAGAAGAGGAGGACGUUCGGGCAAAGAUUCUGCACCAUCCUCCUCUUCUUCCUCAAGAGCAGCAUAGCGGCCGGCCUCGUCUACUGGACCCGUUCCGAGGGUUUGUGGGGGAGCAGCGCCGAAGUCGAGGACCUGUAUCGAAGGAUAAUGGCUACGAUCUCGCCCUCCAACGACUUCGAGGAUUACUGCAGAACGGAAAGAGAGGAUAUCGAGUUGCCUCGGUUCAAUCAGAUCAAGUACAAGUUGAUAAAGAAGUACAAUCAGGCCGUGUUCACAGUGAUGAAUUGUAUCUUGAACGCGUCGACCGCGCUGCGGAACCAGCUUCAAAGGCUGAUGGUCCCGGAGACGGACAAAUCCGGGGAGGAGGAGGAGGACGAGGAUGCGGCGGAGGAUACGAAGGAUAAGGCUUGAUCGUUGACCUCCCAUCAUCAUCGAAACACAAAUCCUGUGCGUCCUAUCGUUUGCAACAUUUGUCUUGUAACUAAUUUUUUUUUUUCUCUCUAAAAAAAAAAGGAAGGAAAAAAAAGAAAAAAAAAAUCCUAAUGCACGAAUAAAUUUCUCAAAUAACCUCCGCUCCUCCCUCGUUUACAACAUACGAGAGAUAAGGGACGCAGAGAGUCAAAUCUGCACUUGCAUCCCCCUUCAGAUAGAUCGGAUAGAGUUCUUCUUAUGUUCGUUGCCAUAAGCAAGUAAGUUACCUUGCGAUAACGCAAUAGCAUACAAACGGAUUAAAAUUCCGUUCGCAGGCUGCUUCCAUUUUUUCCUCCUCCUCCUUUUCUUCUUUUUUUUUUCUCGAGACAGACGGUACACCGGGGAUCUCUCGCGAAAUAGUUGCAUGUUCGAGCAAAAUUUCAAGCUUUUCUCUUCUCUCUACAUUUUCUGUAUUACGUGUAUAUAUGUAUACAGUAGGAAUUUAUUCUCUCUACGUAGCCAAGGACCGAAUUUUACACCCUCAAGUAAUCCCUGUUUUAGAAAAAGGAUCGAGCUAAAAUCUCAUCUCUCAUCUUUUAAUAUAAAUUUCGGAUUAGAACCGAUCAUUCCGGAUCAUUUGAAUUUAUUGGAGAAGGAUUCACUCACCUCUUUUCGUAGC